AUGCCCGAGAGUCCGUCCAAGAAGCUCAAGACGUCGUACACGUGCGACAACUACGUCCACGGCCGCUUUGCAGCGCCCACCAGCGGCGCUUACCUCGACAUUGAGAGCCCGGUCACGGGCGCAAUCAUCGGCAAGGUGGCCGUGUCGACCGCCGCCGACGUUGCAGUCGCCGUCGACCACGCCAAGAAGGCGCUGCCUGGCUGGAGUGGCCUCACCGUCAAGGCGCGGGCGGCCAUCAUGCUCAAGUUCCACGAGCUCAUGCGCAAGCACGCCGACGAGCUCGCCGAUCUGGUCGUGCUCGAGAACGGCAAGAACAAGUCGGAGGCGCUCGCCAGCGUCAUUAAGGGCAACGAGACGGUCGAGUAUGCGUGUUCGCUGCCGCAGCUUCUGCAAGGCAAGACGCUCGAGGUGUCCCGCGGCAUCACGUGCCAGGAGACGCGCGCGCCGCUCGGCGUCAUUGCCUCGAUUGUGCCCUUCAACUUUCCGAUCAUGGUGCCCAUGUGGACGGUGCCGAUUGCACUCACGACGGGCAACUGCGUCAUCUUGAAGCCGUCUGAGAAGGUGCCCAUCACAAUGACACGCGUCGCGAGCUUCCUUGCCGAGGCUGGCGUACCCCCGGGUGUCUUCCAGAUUGUGCAUGGUCAAGUCGAAGCAGUUACGAGUCUGUGCGACCACCCGGAUGUGGCAGCCGUGACCUUUGUCGGGUCGUCGCCCGUGGCACAAAAGAUCGCGCGCCGCUGCCGCGCCUUGGACAAGCGGGUGCUGGCGCUCGGUGGCGCCAAAAACCACCUUGUUGCGCUCCCGGAUGCCGACCUGGACCUUGCGUCCAAGGACAUUGUGGCCUCGUUUGCGGGCUGCGCCGGCCAGCGCUGCAUGGCGGCGUCCGUCUUGCUCCUCGUCGGCAACUGCCACGAGCUCCUCGACUCGGUUGUGCAUCGAGCACGCAAUUUGACGCGCGGGACAGGCGCGGGGCAGGUCGGUGCCAUCAUCGACGCCGUGGCCCAGAAGCGCAUCCUCAAGUACAUUGACGACGCCGAGGCAAGCGGCGCCACCAUCCUCGUCGAUGGCCGCGCGUGGGCCACCGAGACGGUGGGCCACGGGUACUGGGUCGGCCCCACCGUGCUCUUGCACACCAACCCGGCCGACGCAGCCAUGCACGACGAGAUUUUUGGUCCCGUGCUCUCCGUCUACAAGGUGCACUCGGCAGACGAGGCGCUAAAGAUCGAGAACGCAUCGCCGUUUGGGAACGCGGCCUGCAUCUACACGAGCCACGGCGGCCAUGCCGAGCACUUUGCAUCGCGCUUUAAAGCUGCGAUGAUUGGCGUCAACAUUGGCGUGCCCGUGCCCCGCGAGCCCUUCUCGUUUGGUGGCCUCUACGGCACGAAGAGCAAGUACGGCGACAUGGACAUCACCGGCGACGGCUGCGUCGAGUUUUGCACGCACCGGCGCAAGAUCACGUCCAAGUGGAGUCUCCAUGAAGCGACGCUCGACCGCGCCAACUUUGCCGGGCAAAUGUAGUACGUCCAAGCGACGAGGGAUCAAAUGGCAGCGCUGCGUCUUUUUACAUUCAACCGGCCGGCU